CUAUUGGUCGCCAUGUGCCAGCCAGGCAAGGGCAUCUCGAUAUAUAUGUGCUCAUAAUAAUAGAGGACUCACAUGCAGCCUGGCCUGGAUCCAGCUCAUGCAUGCAAUUGCGAAGAUUCAAGUUACGUUACGGUGGAACAAGACAAGUGCUUAGGAAGUGGACGUCCCCUGGCGGGCCAGACCCAGCGGUGGGGAUCAUUCGGACCGUCGGCCGCCAAGUAAGGACUUGCCUCGGCUAGAGAGAGGCCCGGCGUACCUCGUAGCAGUUGGCCGUAGCCGUAGGAUUGCAGAUCCAGCAUGCCCUUCACUCUUUGAAACUUCAUCACAGAAAGAGGUGAAUAGAUUGAUAAUUUGAUCCUGUCCUGACCACAUAUUCAUCAUGUCAUCAUCAAGGAAAAAACAUGUAUUGGCGGAGAUGAAAAAGAAUCUUGAGCAGAGGAAAGCUGAACUUGAAGUAAAUGAAAGAGAAAUAAUACAACAUGUGAGAUAUAUAUCUGAAGAGACGAUGGGGCAGCUGAAUGCUCUUUUAAAGGAGACGGACAAGAAGAAGUUUCUCAAGGCAUUUCCUGAGGUCAGUGUCAAGAUGGAUAAAAGUCUGACAGCUCUCAUGAUGAUCAAAGCAUCUCUUCCAAACUUUGAAUCAGAUGAGAGUUCUACAGACUGUGCAACAGAUAGAGAGACUGCAGGAGAAAAUGAUGAACCUUCACUAGCUAACAGGACUGACAAUACUAUCACAGAUGUUGAACAGUCUUCAGCUUCCAUUGUUAACACAGUGAAUGAAACCUGUGGAUCAAGCACUACGGACCAAACCAUUAGUAUAGAGGUAGAGUCACAUGAAAGUUCUUCAUUACCUUCUGGUGAGUCCCAGCAGUCUGUUUCACCAAGUAAUAAGUCUAAUACAUCAUUAGUGAGUGGUGGAUGCUUGGACAACAUUACACAACAUCAGACUUCAGUAGGUGACCACUUAUCAGGCAUAGCAGCAAAGCCAUAUGAAGUUACACAGGAGAAGCCAGAAGUAAUGCUGCAAUCCAUUCCUAAAGAGAUCAUCCCUGUAGAUCUUCCCAUUGGUAUAAGGGUUGAGGUGGUUGUUAGUGAAGUAGUGUCACCCUCUAUCUUCUGGAUUCAACCAACACAGUCUAGGAUUGAAGCGCUAAUGGAAGAGAUAAGGAAAUAUUACAGCGUGGUUAAGUUACCUUCCCUUCAACCUAAAGUUGGAAUGUACUGCUGUGCUUGCUUUACUAAUGAUGACUGCUGGUACCGUGCUCGUAUCAUUGCUAUACAUCUUAGCCCUACAUCAUUGUCGGAAGCAGUUGGUAUCCAUGUAGAUGUGAUUUACAUUGAUUAUGGUAAUAGGGAGCGCAUUCCAGUCUCCCGUCUCCGCCCUCUACAUCCUCGUUUCACGAGUGACCCAGCUCAGGCCGUCUGCUGCAAACUUGCAAGAAAAAUCGUAUCAAGAACCGAAGGAGUGUUCCAAUUGGCCUUGAUUAGCUACAAUAUUAAAGCGCUUCAUGCAAGCGAUGUUGGGAAAAUAAUCUUCUUGGGCAAUGAAAGCGUGAAGCCUACAGGAAAAGGUGUUAGCCAUUGGUGUACGGAUGAAAUAGAGUUCUUCACCCAAAUGACAUUUGGAAGGAAGCUUACUGCCAUUGUGAUACGUCCACCAGGUAGUAAUACUAGCAGCUUUGAUCUGCCAGCUGUUGACUUACUGUUUGAUCACUUCAUCAAUGAGAAAGAAACCAGACUGGUGGAUGUUGGCAAGGUGAUGGUGAGUAAGAAGCGUGCAUUACCAGAUGAUCAAUGCUCUACCACAGAUUCCUAUCACUCUCAGAAUACACAUACCACUGACAGUGAUGUUUGCCAUUCACCAAAUGCAACAACAGAUAUGCUUGAGCCUGCAAUGCCUGUCCCUUCACAAGAACAAGAGAAGGAUCAGAAACUUAAAGAGGGAGAUCAAGAAAAGAAAGAAGAUGGAUCAUCAAGUGGUAAAAAGAAGAAGAAAAAGAAGAAGAAAGCCAAAAGACACCAUGACCCUGUGGUAUCAACAGAAGACACUGAUGUUCCAUAUGAAGAUGUUAGAGAUACUAAACAACUUGCCAAGGUGGAAACCAAAGAGGAAAGUACUACAUCUGAUACACCUGUCUAUGAGAGUGAGUAUACCACUGAGAAAAGGAUUCCUGGACUUUGUAGAACACCUGAGACAAGUUGCACAGAGACUGAAGACAGGCAGUCAAGACCAGACUCAACUGCAGAAAUAGAGUCAUCAAUUGAUGUGACACCUAAACAGAUGACUCCAAUUGGACACUCUGAUGUUUCAAUGGAUAGAGGGACAAAUGAAAUCAGGAAGGACAAUCAGGAUCAGCAUGUUAGUUGUGGGUCAGAGAGUGCAAGAAGCAGUAGCCCAAAUUCUACCAGUGGUGUGUCAUCAGCUAGGAGUUCAACGUUUGUGCCUCAGAAAAAUCUUAAUGAUUCUUCCAGACCUGGUCUUAUUUCUUUCAAUAAGUCUCAAACAGAGUCUAGCACCUCUCAGCAUAUGAAUUGUCAAGGUAAUGACAAAAUAGUUGAAACAGAAGACCUUGGCAAUAAACCAGCAGUGCACGCUGUGGCUUCAGCUGAAAACGAUCAUUUGACAGACCUCACUGAUCAGUUCUUUACAUGUGCUGAAGAUGCAAGUGAGGCUGACAGCACAGAUCGAGAUGCAACAAAAUCAAAGUCUGAUGGUAAAUUACAAUCACCCCCUGCUGUCUUCAAGGUGGAUGUCAUAGGCAGAAAGUUACCACAACAGAGAAACCUAAAAGAAGGAGAACAGAUACAGUUUGCUAUGUCUCACAUUGUUUCACCUCACGAGUUCUACAUCCACCUUAUCACUCCAGAUGCCAAAAACAUGGAUCACCUUCUUGAAGAACUGAACACAGUGUAUUCAGACAUAGAUAGAGCAGGUGUAUACAGACCACCCAUCUCAUGGUUGUCAAUCAGAGCAAUCUGCUGUGGACAGUUUGGUGAGGAUAACAGAUGGUAUAGAGGAGUGGUGAAGGACAUUAAAGGCAUUAGGGGAGUAAAGGACGGGAGAACUGUCCUGGUGAGUUAUGUGGACUUUGGUAAUGAGGAAUGGAUUCCAGAACAACGGAUAUACCCUCUGGAGAAUUGCUUCUGUGACCUCGCUCCUCUGGCUUUCAAGUGUGGCCUGGGUAGGAUUCACCCUCCAAGUGGACACAGAGGUAGAUCCAAGGAAUGGUCAGAAAAGAGCAAGCGGUCAUUGAUUGGAAUGAGUGAGUUUGAAAAACUGCUUGUUGGACAGGUGAUUCAUGUUUCAGGAAUACAGCAGAAAUGUACAUGGCUUGAAGUGAGAGACAACUCAGUGGGUGUAGGAGUAUGUCUAAACCAAAAACUUGUAGAUCUAGGAAUGGCUUCUUCAACCUACUAUAAAAAGCAACCUCUCCCAGAAAAGGGUGCUGAGCAGCAGGAACCAUCACAGUCUCAUGAUACUAAAGAUAUACCUGAUGAUGGACAAAUGAUGGAAGAUGAACAUCAACCUCAAGAAGGUGAUACAUUCUCUGAUGAUUGGAAUCCCAUGAUGCAACAUUACAGCUCAGAGAUGAAUAGCUAUGGAGUAGAUAUGGAUGACCCAGGAGUAGCUACUACUGGAAUGAAGUCUACUAUUGAAGGGAGAGUGUGCAAAUAUUACAUAGCAGGUAAACGCUGCUUUAAAGGAGUCAACUGCCCCUUUGAACACCCAAGGCGUGGGGAAGAGAAUCUAGAGAAAACAGAAGUGUUUUGGUGCAAUACAUCUGUCAUCUUACCUAAACCAGGAGAAUGGGUAGCAUUACAGGUGACUGCUGUGCAUACAUCAAUACAUUUCUGGGCACAGCUACCAUUUGGUCCUACACCAUUAGACCAGGCCCAGAGGGAAUGGACCACUUUGAACCAGCUCCCAGGAGAGAGAAAGGAUGAUGGAGAAACCCUUUCAGCUCUUCAAGAUUCUAUCAAUGCAAUCUACCAGAAGCCAUAUACACGUCGUGAGGACCUGUCUUUACUGGCAUUAGGAGAGAUAGUAUGUGCUCAGUUCAGUAAAGAUGAUUACUGGUACAGAGCCAGGGUUGUUGAUGUAGAUGCUGAGGCCAACACUGUACAGGUAUUCUAUUUGGACUAUGGAAACUGUGAAUGGUUAGUUAGAUCUAAAGUUCGACCUGCUAUGCCUCAGUUUCUUCAUUUGCCAUUCCAAGCUGUAGAAUGCUUUGUAGGAGGAAUAGAACUCAUCAAAACUCCAUCGCCAAAUAAUCAAGACAGGAAAUUGUUUGAAGAGUUGACCAUAGACAAAGUCCUUGUCGGACAUGUUAUUUCCAGUGCUACAGACAUCCUUGAAGUGGAGCUGUAUGACACAAUGAGCUCUGUGGAGGUGAACAUUGGUGAUGCUCUUGUCAAUGCUGGCUUUGCUAAACACACUAGAACAGCACAGAAGUCUACAUGCAAGUGAACCAGCAUCAAACACUUCUAUCCUUUCUAUCCCCAUAUUCAUCCAUUAUGAAUAAGCAAAUUUACCAACUGACUAUGCAAUCAUUUUAUAUUUAGGUCUGUACAGUGUUAUGAAUAUGUGGUUCGACUCCCAAUCAUGUUUAGUAUCUUGGUCUAAUGUAGAGAAUCAGGUGGUAUUCCUUGAGUCAAUUAGUCCAAGCCAUAGACCUUCCCCAAACUAACAACCAACCUGGGGCCCAUUUAAUGAUGACAGAUUCUGGCUACUCUUUCAUUAUGGUAACUGCCAUGGUAACGCUGCUCACAUCUAAUCAAUACCUGCGUUUCCAUGGCAGCAACCAUUAUGAGAUACAGUCACUGUAAAUCUUUAUGAAACAUUCCCAGGAUAUUGAAAAACUAUAGGGUUUUGUUUUUCCUUUCCCAUGAUUAUGUACUUACAGGGUAGACCAGAGCAGAAAAAAAAAACAUCUCCACCAAAGUCUUCAUACUUUGUGGUAAAUUCAUGCCAUCUCCAUGCUGGUUGGAAUACAUAUAUAUAUAUAUGACAAAUAGAUAGAUAGGAAUCUCAAACCCCUUGCUGUUAUGAAAGGAAAGAAACCUCCUUUGAAGUUGAUGACAUUUUUGGAGACAUAAGGAUGUACACUGAUGACAGAUAAUCCAUGUACAUCCAGGGGGAUUAAUCUUCAUACAAAUGUAAGUAAUAUUGAACAAUGCAUAAAAUGUGAUGUUCAUUCGUAUUUUACUUGAGGGGUAAAUGGUGUAUAGACUGCACGUACAUACUGCUUUCUAGAAAUAUCAUAACCUAAUCACAAUUAUGAUUAAAGCACAGUACAUUAUUGUAAGGCAUGGAGUCUCCUCUUUCAUUUGAUGCAACUCAUAUGAUAAAUACAUCACACAUGAAUGAGUAAGAAUACUUUGAAGAAAGAAUACCAAAAUCUCAUUCGACAGACAACAUAAUAAUCAUAAAAACAGCAUUUAUUAUGCGCCAUCUAUCUAGUAAAUUAUUCAAAGGCGCAGAACAUCUGAAUAACAUCUGAACUUCAUGAAGAACAAUCACAUGUCUCACGAAGUUAUCUAUCUUCAAUUUGAUAGAAAUCCUCAAUGAAAGAAAAUAAAUAAUUAAUGCUUGAGUUUCCAUAAGUUUGUUAUGAAGACAUUUUCACAGGCUGGCUGUUGGACUAACUCACCUCUCUAUUUUGUUGAUGCUUAGCCACACAUGAUGUCAUGCUGUUGCUAUGAUAGGAAAUAUUUGCACAUUUGUGUAAUGAAAUGAUGUAAAUGCAUACAUUAUUAUCAACAAAACAAAACUGUUAUUACUUUGUUAUGUUCUUUUUUAUGGUAUCUUAUUGAAGAGCAGAUUUUGGACUUGUGGUUUCUGAAAUUCAUAUACUGUUCCUCGGUUACUUUUUUGGUAUGCAUUUAUCCUAUUGUUCUUACUUACCCAUGCAUAAAGAAUGAGUUGCACCAGAUGAAAGAGGAAAUUCUACGUUUUACAAUGUUAAGUCAUUCAUCAAUUAUAUUUGUGAUUAAGUUAUGAUAAAAUAUAUACAAUAUUCAGUUAAUUUUUUUACAGUGUGAUGUAUUGCAUAGUAUUUUCACUAUCAAAUUUAUAGUUUUAUGAACAAAAAUAUAUCUUGCAGUUCUUUUGUGUUCAAAUCAAACCAAUAUACAACAUUAGUGAAUUCUAUGAAGAACCUCUAUAAUUUGCGGGCCGUUUCAUAAACUGUUCAUAAGUUAAAAAUGACUUUAAGAAUGACUGGUGAUCCUUUCUUGUGGUGAAUUAUAUUCACCAUUAUUUGUUCACUGGUGAUUAUUGAGCACGUAAAAAAGGUUCACCAGAUCUCUUAAUUUUAUGAAACACCCAGCUGCUAUGUAUUUUUUAGAUGAAUGUUCGAGGUUAAGUGAGAAAUGCCAACAACUGGAGAGUUCAAGUUCAAAAUAUGUUUUUUGAAAUAUUUUUUGUAGUUUGAUAGUAGAAAAUUAAAGGAAACUUGAGCUAAAUUUUUUUUAAUAUCCUGCACAUGUUAUCGGUUCAGAUAUGUUGUAAAUUCGAAUGUUUUGAAUUACCAAAGUUAAUUGUAUUAUGUUGCAGCUGAGUUUUAUGAGUUUGAUUUGCGAAAUGUGAUACUUUCCUCCAUGCUAUAUAAGUUUUUUUUUCUCUUCAUAUGCUUUCCAUUGAUCCAUAUAUAUAGAAAGUCUCAAUUGCUUUUGCAGUGUUAUGGAAUCAUGAUACACUGUAUUUUGUUGUAUAUUAUUUUCCUCCAAUUUAGUGAAUGCCAUGUGAUGACUUGCCUAAAACCUACAGUAAGAGGCUGCAAGAAUUUAUCAGUGCCAAAAAGAAAGGAUUUUUGUUUAUUUAUAUAUAAACAGACAAAUGUAAUCAAAUGUUGAUCGUAUUAGAGGAAUUUCAUUGUCAACAUUUGCAAAACUUUUGUUCAACUAAAUUGUGUGCAAUUUUUUUCUUCAAAAAGGUUUUUUUUCACUUAGAGUCACAAACAAAUAUUCUUCAGGGUUUUUUCUCUUGCCUGCAUAGCAGAGCGAGACUAUAGGCGCCGCUUUUCCAAUGGCAGCGGCGUUGUCAACAUCAAAUCUUAACUGAAGGUUAAGUUUUUGAAAUGUUAUCAUAACUUAGAAAGUAUAUGGGCCUAGUUCAUGAAACUUGGACAUUAUGGUUAUCAAGUAUAACUGAAUAUCCUGCCAGAGUUUGAUGUCACAUAACCAAGGUUAAAGGUCAUUUAGGGUCAAUGAACUUAGACCAUGUUUGGGGAAUCGAUAUCAGAAUCUUAAACGAAGGUUAAGUUUUUUUAAUGUCAUCAUAACUAGGAAGAAUAUGGGCCUAGUUUAUGAAAUUUGAGCAUAUGGGUAAAUUAAGUAUUGCUGAACACCCUGCCUGAGUCUUAGGUAAUACAUGUAUGACCAAGGUCAAAGGUCAAUGAACUUUGGCCAUGUUGGGGGUAUCUGUAGAAUUACCAUCAUAACU